AUGACAGGCCGUCAAAAUGAAUACUUUAUCCCCGGUGAUGGAAUCAGCCGCGAGGUGAUCCAAGCAGAUAUCUGUCGCUACCUUGGAAAUGAUGCACUUGUGCGACCCGGCAACCAUGGUGACCGUGCGGGCUUCUUCAUCCGUGCCUAUCGGAAUCUCACAUCAGAAAUGAUUGCUGAUAUCAAGGCUGACUCCGCUCGGUGGAAUGCGGAUGUCGCACGUCGGGCUGACCUAGGCUAUCCAAGAGGUAGUUAUAUUCAAGAUGUGAAUAUGUCACACCCUAACUCUGGCUCAGCCAACUAUGCCACUUCGGCUCUCCAUGAGGUUCGCCAACAACAGGGGCCGUCCCCAACCACCUUCAGUGCUGCUCCUGCGCAGCCCUACAUGGAAUAUCCCCAGGGUUCCUAUGCUGAAUCCCAGAGUGUUCAAUACAACCAACCCCCAUCUUCCUACACUUCCAACUCGCCCUACGGAUCAGGCCCGGCUCCGUACCCCCCACCUCAAGUCUCCUACUCUGGCCCUUCUCAACCCGUGGUCACGGCUGCUGACAUGCACCCCGCUUCCUAUACCUACGCACCCGGCUAUGGUUACGAGGGUGGCCGAAAUGCCCCCAGGUAUCCAGGACCCGGCUAUAAUGACCAGUCGGACUAUCCUCCCCAGACCACCGGGAUGACAUACCCUCCCACUACUGCCCCAGAUCCCCGGAUAGGAGGAAUGGAGCCGAGAUAUACCCCGGAAUACGAGCGCAGUAGGCCGCAACCCACCAGAGAACGAGACCCGCAUCGCCGGCGGUAG